AUGGUGAAGCAGGGUAAACAACAAGGAAUUGUUGUAAAAGAAGAUUGCAGCAAGCUAUCAAUAGGCUGCAGGUGCUCACCGAUCGCUUUUCACCUAACUAUGGAAGGUGUGAAAAAAGUGAUGAAGAAACAACAUCAUGAAGUACUGAAGAAAAAUCCCUUCUAUCACUACAUGGACAUGCCUAAAAUAAACCACAGCUUCCAUAGGGUUGUGUCUCUCAUGCAAGCGUACAAUCCAGAAGAUCGGGCCUUCUGGUUUGGGGGAAAUACUAUACGCUUGGAAUUCACUCCGCAGCAAUUAUCUAUCGUAUUAGGGCUGCAGUACGAAGGCGUACCGGUGGAUGUGAAUAUGGAUGGCAGAGACACUGGUUUCAUCACACGUAUUUUUGAUGGUAAGUUAUCUUUAGUGACGAGGCCAUAUAUUGGUUAUAAACUGGAGGCCUAUGCAGUUAUGACCGAUCAACAAUCUGUUGAAGAUUUCAGCAGAUUGUACACUAUUUAUCUGUUUAAUACUAUUCUACUGCCAAAGGGGAACAAAACGUUAGAAAGGUGGGUUUAUCCGCAUGUAGAAGAUUUGGAGGUUUUAGGGUCUUUUGCAUGGGGAAAGUUGGUGUAUGAUAUUCUUGUUGAGAAUAUGGAGGGGUAUCUGAAGGGGGGGUUGAAGUAUUUUGAUGGAUGCACUAUCGGCUUAUUGGUAAGUGAUAUCUAA